UAUUGAAUCGUGUAAUUACAGGUACCUACGAGCCAUCCAGCACGACUGUUCUCUUUCAUGAACCCGCUCGCCAUUCAAAUCUGGCUAUACGUGCUCGCCGCGUACGUCCUCGUCUCGGUGAUGAUGUUCGUGGUCGCGAGGAUCAGCCCCUACGAAUGGAACAACCCUCACCCCUGUCACGCAGGCUCCGAAAUGGUCGAGAAUCAAUUCUCGCUGGCCAACAGCUUUUGGUUCACCAUUGGCACCCUGAUGCAGCAAGGUAGCGAUUUGAAUCCCAAGGCAACGAGCACGCGAAUCGUGGGUGGCAUAUGGUGGUUUUUCACAUUGAUCAUCAUAUCCUCGUACACAGCCAACUUGGCGGCGUUUCUUACCGUGGAAAGGAUGAUAACUCCUAUCGAAAAUGCGGAGGAUCUCGCCAGUCAGACAGACAUCGCGUAUGGCACCCUGGAUAGCGGAAGUACCAUGACCUUCUUCAGGGAUUCGAUGAUCGAGACGUACAAGAAGAUGUGGCGAUUCAUGGAGAAUAAGAAGCCAUCUGUAUUCGUGCCCACUUACGAGGAGGGGAUCCAGAGGGUUCUUCAAGGUGAUUACGCUUUCUUAAUGGAAUCCACCAUGCUGGAUUACAUCGUGCAAAGGGAUUGCAAUCUAACGCAAAUCGGUGGACUUCUGGAUAGCAAAGGAUACGGGAUUGCCACGCCUAUGGGUUCUCCUUGGCGUGACAAGAUAUCUCUGGCGAUUCUAGAACUCCAAGAGAAGGGAGAGAUCCAGAUGUUGUAUGACAAAUGGUGGAAGAGUCCUGGCGACACUUGCAUGAGAACGGAGAAAGGGAAGGAGAGCAAAGCGAAUUCCUUGGGGGUUGACAAUAUAGGCGGAGUAUUCGUUGUACUACUGUGCGGACUGGCGUUCGCCGUGGUGAUCGCAAUUUUCGAGUUCUGCUACAAUACCAGAAGGCCGCCGCCGGAACAGAGAGCUCCAGUAUCGAUACCAAUCUGUUCGGAUUCUCUGCAAGGAAUAUCGCAAUCCGUGCAACAACAGACGCAGCAGCAGUCGCAACAGCAACAACAGCAACCGAAUCAGCAGCAGGAGUCUUUGUGCUCGGAGAUGGCGCGAGAACUGUGCCGCGCGUUGCGAUGCCACGCAUCCUCGAGACGGCGACGCACCUGCGAGAAAUGCUCGACCCAUGUGCUCGGCUAUCCGCCGGACAAUCCCACUGCCACCCCUCUGAAUGGGAUGAGAUCGCAGAGAAGCAGCCUGGGUGUUCCCACAGUCGAACUGCCGCCACACGUCCACAUGCAUCAUCACGCGCCACCGCCACACGACUACGAUGGAACUUAACUCACGAACCUCGUCGCAUCAUUGCGAUCAUCUCUUAGGGCCUAACGAGCAACAAAAAAUGAACUGGAUAGAAGGGGAAAAAGUACAAUAACCGAGGAAUAAAAUCUUUUUUUUUUUUGAACAAGAAGAAAAGAAAGAAAUGUGAAUAAGGAUAAAAGAAAGAUCAACAAGAAAGUACAAAAACGCAUCAAGUGGCAGCGAACGGAUCAGAUCGACCAGAGAUUCGUCCUUUCCAUUUUUUUUUCUUUUCUAGAGAACGAAGUAGUUAUCCCGCCGCGGGUAUCACGUCGAUAAUCACCCAGAGAGAACGAACAAUUUGCACAAUUUCUGAUACCGUGUCGUUGUUCCACGUCGGAACACGAGCGGAGGAAAAUAGUUCUCGUAUUAUUAUAUAUAUCCACUUCCUUUUCUCACCGAAAAAAGAAAGAAAGAAAGGGGAAGAAAAACGGACUCGUUUCACUUUCUACCGUAGAAGUUGCACCGAAGACAGAUUGUUCGCACAUUGUUCGAUAAUAAAAUCGCGGAGCGGAGGGAUCGAUUGUGGAGAAUAAAGAAACGAACAGAUAUCUAUCCGAGGGAGGAUAAAAAUUGAAAAUAAUUUUUUAAGAAUUCUCGACAAGCUAUCUAUCCUUUUUUUUUUUUCCUUUAGUGGAAGCGCCCUAUCAAGUUUGUUUCCAGACUUAUUUGUCAAGGAUACAGAUGUGUGGAAAUUUUUUAAUUUGUACGCGAUUUUUAAUUUGUAAAUCAAGUUGGAAAGAUUGUGCGCGCUGUUUUUAACAAGAAUGUUAACGAGAAUGAGGCGAAAAUAUUGAAUUUUUAUAUUUCGAAAUAUUAGAUAGGAAAUUUUAACCAAGAUGGAUAGCUUUUAAAGCGAGCGUUUAAUUUACAUGUAGUAGCUAUAAAAAGUAUUUAUCGCAUCAUUAUAUUUAUAUACCAAUUAAACAGAUCUAAAUAUACAUGUAUAUAUAUUCUCUUCGUUCAACAUUUCAUUAUUGAAAAAUAGAAAUAUGUGCGAAUAUUUUUUCUAGCCACUAUACGUACAACAUAAAACACGAUUAUUAAGUUUCGAUCGAUCCCUGAAAAAUCACCCGAUGUACACGCCUAUUGUCAAAUUUUUCUAACCACUUUGUACAAAUCAGGAUGAUUAAGUAGAAAUCGAAUCGUAGGUAAAUAAAACAUAAUCGAGUAUUUUUCAAUUAGAAUGUUUCACCUUCGAGGAAGAGUCGAGUUCGAAAAUGAGAAACUUGAGCUUUCCUUCCACUCGCGGCCAAGAUAAGUUGCGCGUAUCCUAGAUUCCAGCCGACGAUUCGAUGCUUCCUAUAUUUUCCACGCGAUAGAACGACGCGCGAUCGAUCGUAGAAAUCGGGACGCAGGAAUCACGAAAGGCAGUGAAACAUCGAUAUCAGGCCGUUGUCUUCUUUUUGCCUUUUUUUGCGCGAACGAACCGCACCGUAACGAAAACGCAAACGAAUUUCUUACAUACUUAAACAACCACCAGAUACACACACACACACAUACAUACAUAGAUACAGAUCCGUGUAAAUACCGCGGCGGUACGCGCGAAAGUAGACGAUCCCAUUUGCGAGUAUUUUAAAAAAAUAGAGGAGGCAAGGGAGUAACUGUUUAGCGUUAAAGGAAAACAAAAAAAAAAAAAGUACAACUAAGUAGACGUUUGGUGUCAUUUCACGUGUGUAUAUGCAGAUAGACGGCGAAUAAAUGUAAAGACAAGAUGAUGGACACGGAA